GGCACAUUGCGGUAAUCCUGCGGAGCGACCUGCGGGGAGAACACGGCAGGAGCGGGGCUGCGGCAACCGACACCGGCACCGGAACCGGGAGCGGCACCGGCAGCGGGGAGGGGGUCCCGCUCCCGCCAAUCAGAACUCGCGGCUCGGAGGCAGCGCCACGUCCCUGUGCUUCCAUUGGAUGAAGGGGAAAGGGCGUGGUCAGUGCGGACCAAUCGGAUGGCCGACGGGCACGGCUGGUGGAAGCUGACGUUCCUGCGGAAGCGCCAGGCAGCGCCCACGGUGCUGUACGAGAGCCCCGAGGGCCCCGCGGCGCCGGGCGGGGACGGCGCGGAGGGGACGGGCCCGGAGGGGACACCCGGCUUCGCCGCCCGCCUCGAGAAGAUCGUGGACAAGAGCACCAAGGGCAAACACGUCAAGGUCUCGCACUCCGGGCGCUUCAAGGAGAAGAAGAAAGUGAGAGCGACGCUGGCCGAGCAUCCCAACCUGUGCGGGGCCGGCGAGCGCGAGGAACAGUGACCCGGGCGGAUUGUCGCCCCCCGGGGACAGGAUGGACAGGAGGACUCAGGAUGGAAUUUACCUGUGGGAGGGAUAACCCGUGAGCUGCAGGGCUGAGCCCGGGGCGCAGCGCUCCCCGUCCCGCCCGCUGCCCAGCGCUGGCUGGUUCGUACUGGGAUGGACACUCCCCGCCCGGCUCUGCCCCGAUCCCGUUCCCAGUCCCCUCCUCCCGUCGCGUUUUGGGGCCGAGCCCCGCUCGUGUCCCAGUCCCGAGGGGCUGCAGAGCCGCCGAGUCCCCCCCGAGAGGGGAUGCGACACUUCCCUGUCCCGAGGGAGCGACCCUGCGGCACCGAUCCCGCCGUGGGGACCGCGGAGCGCUCCCCGGAGGAGCCGCUUUCCCCGGGAAUCGCUCCUCCCGGAGGAGCCGCUUUCCCCGGGAAUCGCCCCCCGCUGCUGGAAGCGGGGGUCCCGCCCCGCGGCCCGGGAUGCUGGAAGCGCUCGCGCCUGCUGCUAAUUAACUGUGGUUAAUAAACCCAGCCUGGGAGCGGAGACGGCUCCGGGAGAGCUCCGCGGAUCCCUGGAUCCAGCCCGGAAGGGUGGGAAGGCUCCGGAUCCCCGCGGGACGCGGGCGGGAGCGGGGCCGUGCCGGGGAAUCCCUGACCCGCUGGAGGAGCAGGAAGCGGAUCCGGGAGAGCUCCGCGGAUCCCGAAACCCGGCAUGGAAGGGUGGGAAAGCUCUGGAUCCUUCUGGGAUCCCUCUGGGAGCCAUCCCGGGAAUCCCUGACCCCUGGGAAAGGGGACCCUCGGGGCCGGCCGGAGCCCGGGGAGCGCUCCCAGCUCCCUGACCCCGCGGGGAAAGGGACGAUCCUCGAUCCCAGAUCCCGGAUCCGCCAUCCCGGCCCCACCGGGCGCGGCUGUUCCCGAGCUCCGCAGCUCCAGCCCGGCUCCGCCAGAAGGCGGAGGGUGCCCGGAGCCCAGCCCCGGUUUCCCGGCACGGGGCCGGUGCCAGCUCCGCCCGGGGCCGGUCCCGGUCCCGCGCUGGCUCGGUUCGCUCGCGGCCCGGGGUCCCGGACCGUGUCCCGGCGGGAGCGGAGCCCCUCGGUGCCUUUACCCCUGGAAUCUGGGACAACUCUGUGCCCCUUCUGCGACACCGGCCCGUCCCCUCCUGUCCUUCCAAGGGACGGGCACAGCCGGGAGGGUCCAGAGCCACUCAGGGGCGGUGACAGCACUGACAGGACGGGAACCCAGGACAGGCACGGUGCCGCUCCGGGACAGCAGGCACGGAACCGGGCCGGGUUUUGGGGCUGGAUUCACCCAGGCCCGGGUCAGGCCCGGGAUUCGCGGCAGCUCCCGGGGCCCGGCCGUGCCUGGCUAAACAUUAACCCGCUGUUAACCCACAGCCUCCACGCCUCCACAUAAAUCCUGGUUUAUUCCUUUCCAGCUGCUGGAGGAGGGGACGGGCUGAGGGUUGGGGUCUCACGGCACGAUUUAAAUUAAUUAAACACCAGCAGUAAUGAGCAG